GGCGGCCAGCCAGGUGAGCGCGCGCGGGAGCUCAAAACGCGUCGCUGGCGGCCGUGCGUCCACCCGAGCGACUCCAAGUCAUGGAGCCACGCGCGGGGGUCGCCACGGACCCUAGGGGGAGCAGAGGAGGCCGCCGCCCUCCCCAGCGGGCGAGCCCCAGAGCCUGGCGGCUCCUGGCGCGGCUGGAUGCGCGACCCCUGGCGGCCAGAGCUGCGGCGGACGUGGCGGUACUGGUACGCAAGGCGGGCGCCACAUUGCGCCUGCUCCCCAAGGACGCCAGUAGCGAGCUGGAUUCUGCAGACAUAGAGGUCACGGACAGUCGCCUGCCUAAUCCCGCUUUAUUGGAACACCGCCCCCAGCAUCAUCGGUCAGAGACCUUGGGUACGUGUGCCAGGCCACCACAAGUGACUCAGGUUAAGGCACGUUGUGGUUCGAAGCUGCCCCAGGCCUCUGGUCGUUUCUGUGUGGAGCUGGUUCGUGAUUCUGCAGGCUUUGGCCUCACAUUAAGUGGAGGCCGCGAUGCAGUCGGCAACGCUCCACUGGCAGUACGCCGCCUGCUGAAGGACGGGCCCGCAGAACGCUGUGGUCGCUUGCGGGCCGGCGACCUCGUGCUCCACAUCAAUGGAGAGUCAACUCAGGGCCUCACCCAUGACCAGGUCGUGGAACGGAUUCGCACAGGCGGCCCCCGGCUCCGCCUGGUGCUAAGCAGGCCUCUUGAAACACACCCAGGUCGCAGCCCAGAUUCUGGGGGACCAGAGGUGAUGAGGUCUUGUAGUGCCAGCGUUUCCCCACUUCAGCACCCUCAAUCUACGAGGCCCAAAACCGGGGGCAGCCCAGCACCUAGCCCAGAGGGGUCAGCGGACGGCCCCACGGUUCCUCGUCUUGAGCGCCGCACGGAGGACCCGGACCACCGAACCCCGGGUUCCCCGGGACCCUGGCUGGUGCCGAGUGAGGAACGGCUUUCACGGGCUCUAGGGGUCCCCGGGGCCGCGCAGCUCGCCCUGGAGACGGCAGCUGGAAGGCGGAGGCACUGAGCACAGUCUGAUGGCUGGGUGCUCACUUGGUAGUGUCCCACUUGGAUUUAUCUGGUGUGUUCUGCCAACCGCGCACUAGUAUCGCAGGCGGAACUACCACUUGGCCUUGUCCCCACUCCUACUGCGCAGUCGACCAGCCCGUGCUCCCCUCGCGGCGUCAGUGGUACAGCCCUCCUUGACUCGCCUUCCUGCACUUCUUGUUUCGGGCGGGGGAGGCAAUAAAAAUGGUCAGAUCCUGUCUUGACUUGCCAGGUGCUCUAGUCCGGGUGGGGCUCCCGAGUCCACCCAGUAAAGGAGGGGGUGGAUUGAUCCGCUUUGGAGGAGGGCCUCUUCUGGCAACCACACUGUGAAGUGCUGUUUCUUUCAUGCCUCUAGAGGGGUCUGCUUUUGCUGGUCCUCAGCCUGCUGUGCUUUCUCCCCACUCCGUUUCUCUUCACCAAUUCCUGCUUCUCAACCCAUUCAUUCAUUUCACUUUUUUGGAGGUGUGCAGGGCUAACAGAUAAUUAUUCCGCGUGGCGUGGGGAAUGCAGAAGUGGGCCUGUUGUGGCGAGAGUGCACCAGUAUACCCACAGCCCUGGCCAGGAAUCAUCCAGACCCUCAGAGGCCCGACGGACAGCAAGGCUAGAAGCCCCGCGUCUUCCUUUGUCGGGAGCCUGCGGUCUCUCGCUUCCAGCCUGAUUGGUCAGCUUUCGCUGCCCUGUAGAUUGACACCCUAAGGGCAUGUGCUGGGGCCCUGGAGCCCCCUUUGGGGCGGAGCUGGGAAGGUGUGAGUCAGCGGUCCCAGCGAAAAAGGCUCUUAGAACAUUUGGGCGGCAUCCCCCACCCCCUUCCAUACAUGGUGACAAACUGCUGCGAGCUUGUGUGCACACGCUACACACUGGGCGUUCCCGGUCCUGGGAGAGGCCAGAGUUUCCUCCAUCCUGGGAACAGAGCCCUAAAGCCGGGGGCUUAUACAGCCAGCGGGACUCCAAGCAGGGUAUCCCCGAAGCCAGUGCUGGCCCAAGCCAGAAAUGUCCAGUCACCUCCGCUUUCACCACAUCCUGAACACAUGGCCCCAUCCUCUCCAACGACGGAAGCUGUGGUCAGGCGGGAGUGGGCAAUUCUCACCCCUAUGGGGAGAGGCCAGAAGUGGGGAGAGAAAUUAAACGACCCGAGUGUGAGCGUCCAAGGUGGCACUGGGAAAAAGAGGAGGACUGAAAAGCCAGGCUGGAGUUGGGGUAUAAAGAGGUGAACCCUUGAAUGGUUAGUGCUGUAGACAUUGUAGGGGAGUGUGCUGUCCCUGACUCAGGCUGGUGGAGGUGUGGCUCUGUGGCAGUCAGCAAAGGGCUCCAGAGCUGCAGUCCUAUAAAACAGUCACACCCAGGAGACUAAGAAUAGUAACCCAAGCCACCAUUUACUUAGCCUUAUCCCUGCUACUGGCUUCACUUGCACUGUCUAUUUUCAUCUGUUUACACAUCUACUCAAUAAUCCUGAUAUGUCCAUUUCACAAAGGAGGGAAGUGAUGCCCAAAGAGUAUAUAUAGCUGGGGUGUGUGUGUGUGGGGGGGGGGGGUUGAAGCAAGAUUUAAUCAAGAGCUCAUUCCUAAACCUUAAUCUCACCUGCAUUUGACAAGUAUUAACUGAACUUCAGCUGUUUACCUUGCACUGUGUGUGAUAGGCAUUGGGGAGAUGCUUGGAGGAACAAAACAAAAAUUUCUACCCUUGUGUAGCUGAUGUACUGACAUAUUGAAAAUGAGUAAUUUCAGAGAGAAGUGAGAGUUAUAAAGAUAGCAAAAGGAGGUUGUGUUGGGGGAAGUAAUGAUGGUGGGCUGCUGGCCUCUUUGAAGACAACAUUUGAGCAGGGACCUGAAUGACCAGAAGCCAGAUGUAUAAAGAGCUGGGGGAACAGCACUGACAGCAGUGGGAACAGCAAGUGCAAAGAGGCUCUGAGGCAGAGCAAUUUGUUGUGUUCUAGAAACUCAGGCAUGUCCUCACAGACUUAGAAAGCACACACUUAGCAAUGGGUAAAAGUAUGUUUCACCCCUUCCAUUAUCCAACCACUCUUUCACUGGGCUGAAAGAGGGGAGUCCCUUCCUUGGUUUUGAGGGGCCCCAAGCUAGGAGGUGGAGAGCAGGCAGGCUCUUGGGUUGAACCAUCCUGGCCUUCCAGCCACGACUCUCGCCUCCUCAAAUGAGAUGAGAAUAAAACCAAUGUCCAGUUUAGAGAGCGUGCCCCGCAAUACACCUCCGGGGAGAGCCAGAUUCCAGUGACCAGGUGCCUGUCUCACAUGCAGAAGUCCAGGCUGAGUCAGAAAUUAUUUGCUCAGGAUAACACACUCUCCAAAUGUUGUCAGCCUUGUUGCCCAGCCUGGCACCCAAGGAGCCUGACCCUUUCAUUUUGCAAAGAAGCUCCCAGCAAUAAAACCCGUGUUCCUUCAUUCUUCAUCUAGGGAUGGGCUAACAGCCCCUUCUUAGAACCAGAAAAUGGAGGCCCAGCACUUAGGGCCGCGACUUCCCUCGGACUGCAGAACAGAGAAUCAGACAGAACCUGGGCUCUGACACUAUUCAUAAUGUCAGUCCCCAUUUACUGAGCAGCUUGAAGCUCACUAGGCCCUGUUCUCUCUCAGCUUGGGUGUGCACUGCUGUGGUCUCAUUCCCAUCACUGCUAAGAGGUUUAUUCUAUGGUCCACAAUCCUUUAUCCACAAUUCCAAAGUUCUGGAAGCUCCAGAAACCAACAGUUUCCCCACAAUUUGGCACCAUUUGGCUACGAAACCUGACCUGACUUAAUGAAGCACAAUUUUCAGUACGGGCUUAUCCCACCUUAUUGUCAAUAUCCACACCUUUGCUUGAGGAAAUAUUAACUUUUUGUUGUUGUUGCUGUUGUUUUUGUUUUUAAACAGGGCUUCCUCAGACCCCACUGAGAGUGUUAAGUAAUAUACAAUAUAUGCACCAGGAAAACUUUCUAAAAUUCGAAAUAUUCUUAAUUCUGGAAAAAUACCUGAGUUUCACCAGGGCCUCCACCAUUUUUACAGCUAAGGAAACUGAGUCACUCCCUCCCAAAGGCAGCUCCUCCCGGUUGAGAUGCAGCAGCCCCAGAAGCAUUUGUAUCCGAAAAGGGCAAGUAUCUCGCCAUUACCGCUCAAGGUACCCCGAA